AUGGCUACAGUGGCUCAAGAUAUCGAAGAGACUGCUGCCACGGCCAGGAGCCUCCGAACCAUUGCCACCGAUAUUGCUGUCCAGGGCACUGUCGGCGCAAACGCCGUGGAAUGGGACAGGUAUUUCAGGGAGAAAUUGGAGGACAGGAAGCGUCGGGAGAGAGAUCCCAAUUACGUCCCAACGAGAUUCUACGAUGCCAUAGGGGCCGCCAUCACUGGAGGAGCUGUAGCCCUCGUGACCUACGGGAUGUUUCGAAUGAUGGGGAUUGAGUAG